AUGCCUCCGCGCCUAGCACAUCGGAAAUCUCGCCAAGGAUGUACACGGUGUAAGGAGCGCAAGGUCAAAUGCAACGAAGGUCGACCGGCAUGUACAGCUUGCGCACGACAUGGCGUCGCUUGCGAAUAUAUCCCAGUCCUUCAGCCAGUUCGGCGCCGGGCUCACCAUUCAGCUACUGGCGUCCGCCGUGGGCCAACAACACCGUCUGAGACGAAGACCAGUCAGAGGUUGAACCAUGACGCGACAAAUGCAGACUCGGCUGGACAGACGCCCGAUUCGGGUUUGGGAAAUAGUAUGUCCCCAAUGCUGGGGGACUUGACGUGCUCCCAGUAUUCGAGCAGCCAACCUGAUCCGAAGGAGCGACGCCACGCGAUUGAACUAUUUCUUAUGCAUCGAUUUACUGCCGACGUCGUGGCCUCGUUUCCAUCUUCUCGAUGUGAGGUCUCCAAGGACAUGUUUCCGUGGCACGUGCCCAAUCUGGCCUGUGACCAUGCCUUUUUGUUCCAGGCCAUCUUUGCCAUUACCGCCCUUUACCUGUGCAAGACCAUGGGAUCUGCUACGGCGGCCACUGCUCCCAACGAACCAAAGGGGAUCCCUGACGUGUUUCGCCACGUCGAUUUUGCACACCUGCAUCGACUGUAUCUGCACGAGUCUAUCCAGCAGCAACGAACUGCCUUUGAAUGCCUGGGCCCGACCAAUGCCGAUGCUUUGGGGUUGACGUCGGCCUUGAUGACGCUCAUGGCCAUAUGCAUCUCGCCUGACGCCGAACAGAUGGUCAAGCCACGCCGGGAUCCAGGCUAUCGACUUCCCCUUGAAUGGCUCAAGCUCUCCAACUCGAGCAAAACCGUGUUUGAAGCAUGUUUUGUUCAUCUCGAGGAAGGCUCACUCUUGUUGAACUAUGUCAGCCGCAAACGCGUUCCAGACAUGACCGAUAGCGAUUACAUCUUUGACCCUGUCCACACCAAGCCGUUCAAGCACAUAUUGGAAUUUCACCCGCGUAUCGCUGGUCCCAGCGCCGGUGCAUCCGCUGAACACGAUCCUCGCCUCGAGGACGACGUCGAGGUUAAAGACGCCUAUGUCAGGACUCUGGAAUUGAUAGGAAGCACUUACGCCAGUGUUGUCAACAACGAUCCGCCGCAUGUGAUUUGUUCCAGGAUUUCUGGCUUUGGACCCCUGGUGCCGCGCAGAUACAUCGAGUUGCUCUCCUUACAGACGCCUCGUGCUAUGGUCAUUCUAGCUCAUUACAUGGCUCUGGUCAGACACAUCGAGGACGAUUUUUGGUGGUUCCAAGGCAUCCCCGAAAGAGAGAUCAUCGGCAUAAAAAGUAUCCUUCCCCAGCAAUGGCAUUGGCUCUUGGCCUGGCCCUCGGCCGUCCUUGAAUCCCCUCUCAAAGCCAACCUGGAUCCUGGCCCAUUAAAAAAGCUUCCUGUUCCCAGCCUCGUUUAUCAGCGGAGAGCAUAGCAUGAGCGAGUUUCCCAACACUAGAUGGUAGGGCCAGGUCACGUCAGGUCACGUGCUAGGGGAUAUCAGCCUUGUCAAAGCGCACUCCUUUUCCCAGCUGGGACGGGCGGUCAUCCUCCACAUCAUGAUCUCUCCAGUUCCUGGAUUUCCUGAUG